UUUGGGGCUUACAGGUGAGUUUGCAUGCAACAAUAUUUCACGGUGCACUGACACAUACACGCACAGUUCUCAUUACUCUAGCUUCAGUCUGCCGCUUAUCUGCAUCAUGGCUGCAACUUUCACUCUGCUGGCUCUGUGCUGGGCGUUAAGACUGAGCUGCAGCGUGCACAGUUCCCCCGAAUGGUUCCAAAACCUUUCUACCAGUCUCUUCAGUUUGCCUGGGGACAUUGUACUCGGAGGGCUCUUCCCCAUUAACGACCUGUCCAGCAACCUCAGCGAGAGGAGGGAGCCUGACAACAUCAGCUGUGAAAGUUUAAAUGAACAGGGACUGGGCCUCGCUCUAGUGAUGAAAUACGCAGUGGAUGAGAUCAACGGAAACCAAAGUCUGCUCCCUGGCAUCAAGUUGGGUUACAAAAUCUAUGACACAUGUGCACAGUCUGCCAUCAUCGUGAAGCCUACUCUGUCCUUCCUCACUGCAAAACCUAAUGAUACAAUAUCUGUGAAGUGUAAUUACACCGACUACGAGACCAGCAUAUCAGCAGUGAUCGGCCCUCUCACCUCAGAGAUGGUGUCCGUCAUUGGAAAACUCCUGGGAUUCUUUCUGAUGCCACAGAUUAGCUACGGUGCAACCAGCGACAAAUUCAGCGACAAUCUCCUCUACCCAUCGUUCUUCCGUACGGUGCCCAGUGACAAAUGGCAAGUAGACGUCAUGGCACUUCUACUGAAAGAGUUUAAAUGGAACUGGGUGGCAGUGGUGGGCAGUGAGGAGGAGUAUGGACAACAAGGUGUGCAGCAAUUCUCCAAAAUAGCAGAGAACAUGUCUAUAUGUGUGGCCUAUCAGGGGCUGAUUCCAGUAUACAGUGACCCUCAACCAGCAAUCAAAACCAUCAUUGACAAUAUCAAGGCAACCGAGGUCGGAGUGGUGGUGGUCUUUGCGCUCGUAGAGCCAGCAGAGGCCUUUUUUGAAGAGGUUAUCAGGAGGAAUGUAACAGGUGUGUGGAUUGCCAGCACAAGUUGGGCCAUCCAUAAUCAACUGACAUCUCUCCCCAACAUCCAAAAUAUCGGCACAAUCAUCGGAUUUAUUGACGAUACAGAGCAACUGGAACUGCUCACCGACUACACAAAGGAGCUCUUUAAAAAACUGAGCAAGGAGAGGGAGAAGACGUCCCGUCCUGCACCAGGGUCCGGAAAACCUGACAACCCCUGCCCACAAUGCUGGAACUUAUCACCUGCUAAUAUAACCUUGGUGACAGACCCUGCAGUGAGCCGCACAGCUUUCAGUGUGUAUGCUGCCGUCUACAGUGUGGCGCAGGCACUGCAUAACAUGCUGAAAUGCAAUUCAGCUGCCUGUCAGUGGGGACCUGAAACCAAAAUCUAUCCCUGGAAGCUGCUGGGGUUUUUAAGGAAUAUCUCUGUAAACAUAAAUGGCAAACAUUUAGUGUUUGAUGAAAAUGGCAACCCAAACAUAGGAUACAAGCUGAUUGAGUGGAUCUGGAAUGGCUCUAAUGUACAUUUUAAAACUGUUGGACACUUUUAUGAACAACUGUCCAUCAACAAGUCUUCCUCACAGUGGCACACUGGAAACUCAGAGGUUCCUGAGUCCACCUGUUCAGCAACAUGUCAGUCAGGCCAGAUCCACAGAGUCAAAGGUUUCCAUUCCUGCUGUUUCGAUUGUAUCGACUGUUUGGAGGGCACUUUCCAGAAAAAUCAGGACGACAUCGAGUGUACAAAGUGUCCCCAAGGUGAGUGGUCCCUGAACCGCAGCACUUCUUGCACUAAACCCACCUUUGACAUUUUGUCCUGGGAAACGCCCGAAUCUCUGGAAAUGACACUGGCUGGGGUGGUGCUGCUGCUGUGUCAGGGGUUGGUCUGUGUCGUGUUCCUGAAGCACCGGGGGACCCCGUUGGUCACGGCCUCGGGCGGGGCCCUGAGUUUCGUGGCCCUGCUCAGCCUGAUGGGAGCCUGCCUCAGUCUGCUGCUCUUCCUGGGGCAGCCAGGGGACGUGAGGUGUCGUCUUCAGCUGCCCUUCAUCUCAAUUUUUCAAACAGUCACCCUCUCCAUUAUUAUGUCCAUCUCACUACAGAUAUUGUACGUGACAGAGCUCCCAGAGACAGCCGCCUCUCAUCUGCAUAUACUGAGAGGCCCGGGGAGCUGGCUGUUUGUGCUGGCCUGCUGUGCUGUGCAGGCUGGUCUCUGUGGCUGGUUUGUUCAGGAGGGACCCUCGCUGUCGGAAUACAUGGCAGAUAUGAAUAUAACCUUUGUGAGGGCCUUCUUGGCAUGUCCAGUGAUUCCUUUGAUUGGAUUUGCCUUAAUGCAAGGUUUUAACGGUCUAAUGGCGCUUAUAUCAUUCAUGUGCACCUUCAUGGCAGUGAAGCCUCUGCACCAGUAUAACCUUGCCAGGGACAUCACCUUCUCCUCCCUGAUCUACUGUGUCUUAUGGGUCACCUUUAUCCCAAUCUACAUCGGCCUGAAAGACAAGAAGAACCAGUCCAUCGUCCAUAUUUCUUUCUGCCUGGCGAGCAACUUGGGGCUGGUGGCAGCCUACUACUUCCCAAAAUGCUACCUGCUGUUGAGGAAACCUGACCUCAAUAUACCGAAGCACUUCUGCACCUUCCUAGAGGGAGCCCCACCCAGACCAGCUGAGGAGGAGCCACAGCCACAGCCACAGUCAAAGUCAGAGCAGUAAACAGGGACACAGAGUCUACAACAGUCACCACAGGGCAGCUUUAAGAAUAAAGAUCUUAAUUAAGAAUAUUAGAUAUUUUGUACAUUUUACAUUAGCAUGUUUUGUAUAUGAAAAAAGACUGUGUGUAUUGUAGCAUAGGCCUAAAGGCUGGGAAACACACUGUUACAUUAGACUAGUUUUUCCUAUAUUGCUGCAUUAAUAUGUAAUCACACACAACAUAGGUCACAUAAACUGCACAAAUACAAAGCAUAGAAACAAUAGAUUUAUUAUUUAUUAUUUAAAUAUUUGAUGUAUCCUCAUUAUCAUAAAUACUCUACAAUAGCCUGAUUUUGUAAUAGAAAACCGUUUUUGACAAAAAUGUGUAUUGUCUGUGUUGUUAAUGUUGCUAACAACUAUAUUCACUGGAUUAUA